UUUGGAACCAUUUCAUCACCGGCAAGUUCAGCUCUCCUAUAGCUAGACUAGCAGAAGUUGUGGUGACUUUUGCCCCACGGCAUGACGUCUGUGCUGAUCCCCUUUACUUUCACUCCUUCACCGCAUCAACAGUUGGGCCUCCAUGGGAUCCAACCAGAUCUCUUGAUUAAUUUACAUUGACUACUCUAAUCGUCCCUUGCGAAGCACGACAGCCGGAUCUGUCCAGUCAUUGAACAGUGAUAGUGCAGAUACUCGAAAGAUUAAAAAAUUAAGAGCCAGGGAAAAGUCAAUCUUGCGGAAAGACUAAAAGUCCCUAUUUCUUUGUCCUGAACGCUAUUCCACUUCAGCCUAACUUUCCUCUUCUCCGGCCUUCAGUCCCGUCGGACAAACAGUGGCCGAGGCUUGAAUUCGUCUUUCUCUUGUCCCCGUGUUGCAUAUCCUGAUUUGAAAAAAUCCAUCCCGAUUUGUUGCCCAGCAUGUCUGUGAGAAGAGGUCAGACCAAGAGCUACUUUGCCAGUGCAGAUGACACUAAAAUUUGUGUCGUUAUGGUUGGCCUUCCAGCCAGAGGCAAAAGUCUCAUAGCUGGAAAGGCAAUGCGGUAUCUUGCCUGGGUUGGCAUACCUGCUCGUGUAUUUAACGUGGGCACCUAUCGCCGAAGUAAUACACCGCAACCAAGUGCGACUUUCUUUGACCCUCACAACUCCGAGGGAGAGAAAAUGAGAAAGGCCGCUGCAGAAGCUGCCAUGUCAGAUAUGCUUCAAUGGUUCAGCUCUGGAAAAGGGGUUGUGGCUAUAUUAGAUGCUACCAAUUCGACUAAAUCUCGGCGAAGUUGGAUUUACGAAAGUUGCCAUGCUGCCAACGUUGAAACAUUAUUCGUUGAGUCAAUAUGCGAUGAAGAAGACCUAAUAAUGAAUAACAUCCUCGAAGUCAAGACCACCUCGCCGGACUACAAAGGGCAGGACCCUGAGGCUGCUGCUUUGGAUUUCCGCAAUCGAAUUCGCAAUUACGAAAAGGUGUACGAGACUAUUGACGAUAAUGAGAAGCAUUACACCUACGUAAAACUCAUCAAUGUCGGGUCGACAGUGAUCAUAAACCAGAUUAAAGACUAUCUAUCUAGUCGGUUGGUUUAUUAUAUCCAGAAUCUCCACAUCAAACCCCGGUCAAUCUGGCUCUCUCGUCAUGGAGAAUCAGAAUAUAAUCUUACAGGAAAAAUUGGUGGAGAUUCCAACAUUUCGCCCCGUGGCGAGGCUUAUGCUCGGGCACUCCCUGGUCUGCUGAAAAAGUCGGGGGUGCCACCCAACACUAAAAUCGUCAUUUGGACAUCUACUCUCCGACGGACAAUCCAGACCGCUCGACACCUCGCCGCGGAAACUGGAUACGAGAAGCUGGAAUGGAAAGCUCUUGAUGAACUUGACUCAGGAGUGUGCGACGGCCUGACGUAUGAACAAAUCGCUGAAAAGUACCCAGAGGACUUCGCCGCGCGUGACGAGGACAAGUACAACUACCGCUACCGAGGCGGUGAAUCGUACCGCGAUGUUGUCAUUCGUCUUGAACCUAUCAUCAUGGAACUGGAACGCAGUGAGAAUGUCAUCAUUGUCACUCACCAGGCUGUUCUGCGGUGUAUAUAUGCCUAUUUCCUAAAUACCCCCCAGGAGCAGAGCCCGUGGAUGGAGGUUCCCCUACAUACUUUGAUCAAGCUUACUCCUCGCGCCUACGGCACCGAUGAGCAGCGUUUCAAAGCCGACAUCCCAGCCGUGUCUACCUGGCGUGCCAAAGGCACAUCUGCAAAGCAUCAAGAUUACCCUACAGAAAUCAAAGCAUGACAUGCUAGUACAUAACCGAUUAGGUUCUUAGCACACGUUUUGGCUGCCAACCGUGUUCGAUUGUUCUGUUUCCGUUCGGGCUGUGCCUUCGAUCUUGUCCACCGCUCCUCAAGACAUCUGGAGUACCAAAAUGCCCUGCAUACAUUAUUUUCUCAACUUAUUAUAUACCUUUUCUUCUAUAUAAUCCCAUGCUUUUAACAGGUCUCGGUCGGCUCCCAGUCACACAUAUAAAGCGGCUGGCAUUAUUUAUUUGAUUCCAAUGUCUUCGCAUUCACAUUAACACAGCCUCAAGAUCCAUUCUCUCUGGGGGCAAGACCGUAUGGUUAUGGAGUGAGGCUGCAUGCAAGAACAGCUGGCAGGUGGAGACUAGGACCCAUUGCACUUCAGCAUUUGAGCGUCUUAUCCGGUGAAUAAAAAAAAUAUAGAAUUCUCUGUCCAUAUCCAUUCUUGUUAUUCGUCUUUGUUAUGUUUCCCUUGAUCGAGAAGACCAUUAAAUGCCUAAUAGAUGGUAAGAGCAAUAAUAAAUAUGAAAAUCCUCCAGGACACGGAGUACAUUGCAAAGCAAA